ACUGCGGACACCAGUACUAGUAAUAGAUGAAAUUGAAGUCUGCUUUAUUGUGCUAUCAGUGCCUCUUAGCCUCUUAACUUAAACUUACCAUUUGUAUUGUCGCCCCAUCUCGCGCUUUUGCUAUGUCUUCUGGUAUACCUACUCGCAAAAUCGGUGAUGCCUCUCUGCCUGCCAUUGGUUAUGGUGCCAUGGGCAUAGCUGGUUUGUACUAUGGAGCCGCUGACACCGACGAAGAGCGUUUCGCGGUCCUAGACCGUCUAUUUGAACUUGGUUGCACCCACUGGGAUACUGCAUGGAUUUAUAAUGAUAGUGAAGAGCUGAUAGGGAAUUGGUUCAAACGUACUGGAAAGCGCUCUCAGAUCUUUCUCGCUACCAAAUUUGGAAUCACACCUACAUUUGCCGUCGAUGGACACCCAGAAUAUGCCAAACAAUCUUGUGCAGAAUCCCUCUCCAGGCUGGGUGUGUCGUGCAUAGAUCUUUUCUAUCUUCAUCGCGUUGACACCACUGUGCCGAUUGAGCACACCAUUCGUGCUAUGGCGGAACUUGUCAAGGAAGGUAAAGUCAAGUACCUUGGGUUAUCAGAACCUUCUGCUGCCACACUCCGACGUGCACACGCUGUUCAUCCUAUAGCUGCCAUCCAAGUGGAAUAUUCACCUCUUAUUUUUGAUAUUGAAAAGAAUGGGUUACUUGAAACUGCUCGUGAGCUUGGGGUUGCCGUCGUGACAUACUCCCCUCUUGCGCGAGGCAUUCUAGCUGGAAGAUAUAAAUCAUAUGCGGACGUUCCCGAGGACAACUUUAUUAGAACCAUUCCUAAAUAUUCGGAAGCCAACUUCCCUAGUAUCUUGAAUCUGGUGAAAGUACUAGAGUCAAUCGCAGCCAAGUAUGACGAGGGCACAACUGUAGGACAAGUUGCUCUUGCCUGGUUACUCGCACAAGGAGAUGAUAUUAUCCCAAUUCCAGGAACGAAAACCGUUAACUAUGCCGUGGAAAAUAUGGGGGCCCUUCGUUUGUCUCUUGAUCUCAUUGAUUUACAAAGGAUCCGUCAAGCAAUGUUAUCCACGGAGAAGGACGCGCAUGGGAAUCGUUACAACGAAUAUUUGAUGUCUCUGGAAUAUCAAGAUACCCCAAUCUAUGAUACCGCCUAACGUCGUAAACCCUCGAUAGAUUUGAGAGGGCAAGGUUUUGUGAUUUGACACUUGACCAUCUUGGUCGAGUGUUGCAACUCCCAAAGAGAUCUUUUGUAUUCAAAAUGCCGUUUUUUAUAUCUCCGUAUAGUUGGCUCAAACGACAAUAGGAUUACAUGUUCAGCCGUAGCGUCAUCAACGUUCUUGACCUAUUAGGAGAGUGCAUUGAACCGUAGAAGAGGAGCAACCAAAUGGAAGAGAAAA